GGAGCAAGCAAUUGUCGUCGCUGUAGGUCCUCCGAGAUUAUUUCUAUGGUCGGGGAUGGCAAGAUCGUGCGUGUCUCAACGCGCGAAACGAUCGAGUUACAUAUCUUGGCCUUUGCCUACGGUCUAUGCCUGGUAGUUCGACGGUUUCUCAAAUGGAUAUGGGAUCCCAAGAAGUUCUUCAUGUUGCGUCAACGAGACCAACCUCCAUCAUGUUUAGUCGAUAACAGCCUCGCCAUGCAUUCCUACGUGAAAAUCAAGGGUGUUAAAUUCCAUUAUGUGGAAGCGGGAGACAAAAGUAAACCACUCGUGUUAUUAUUACAUGGAUUCCCGGACUGCUGGUUAUCUUGGAGAAAACAGAUUCCAUGUCUCGCAGAAUACUAUAGAGUAGUAGCUAUAGAUUUAAAAGGAUUCGGUGAUAGCGACAAACCGCUCAACAAACGAUCUUACAAACUCGAAAUUUUAAUAAAUGAGUUGAAACAAUUCAUUUUGACUCUCGGUGUGAAGACGUGCAGCAUAAUCGGCCACGACCUAGGAGGACUUCUGGGAUGGUACAUGGUCGCUCUACACAGAGAUCUCGUUUAUAAAUUUAUAGUCAUUUCGAGUCCGCAUCCCAAUUUUUAUUGGAACAGAGUAUCAAGAAAUUCUAUUUUAGACAAAAAAUGGCUACAUUUCAGCAGAUUACCAUUUUUGCCAGAAAUAGAUGCACUUAAAGAAGACUUAUCUAUUAUCAAUGAAGUAUUUCGACAUCUUCAAAUAUCUCAAGAUGACAAAGAAAAAAGUUACGUCGAGGCGUAUAAAUAUGCCUUCAGUAGGAAAGAGGAUUGGACAGGACCGAUUAAUUAUUAUCGUAAUCUACCAUUCACAAGACUGAAUACAGAUAGCGGCGAACAGAUAGACAACAAAACGUUACUUCUAGUUGGAGAUAUGGAUCCUUUUGUAACAAUAGAGAGCAUUAUUCAAAGUGCUGAAUACGUAGAAGUAUCUAGGGUUAAAGUUAUAUCACAGACGCAACAUUUUCCACAUCAAGAAAAAUCGGAUGCCGUAAAUAAGGCAAUUAUUAAAUUUCUAAAAGGUGCUACAUAUAAUUUGGCGCUUUCAAAAACGCCCGUAAAAAGUCUUGUGUCUUCCUGGCUAGGAUCUUUGAGUAACACCGUUAAAUAUGGUAAUCAAAUGAUUGACGUUGUGCACAAACGAACUAAUGACAUUAUAAAUGUGUUACCGAAUAAAACACUUUAUUUGGGACAAACAAGUUAAAUGGUGUUACAUCAGCAUUACGUUAUUUAGAACUUUGUACUUCAUUACAACAAAUCUAUAUAUCCUACCUAUGCUAACACUGACUAU